AUGGAUCUUCCCCACCUCAAUCAAAAGGCGGCGCCAAUCCGAUUCCCGGACUGUUGUCUCGCUCUAUCAACAAAACUACUUCAGAUCUUAUCCGAUAUUUUUUCGAAAACUACAAGCUUAGAAGACAAGCCAACCGUACUCUCCAUCGGAAGUGGCUCUGGUUUGCUCGAAGCGUUUUUGCAGGAUCAACAAAAUAGCUCUGACCACGGCUAUCCUUCUUUCAACGUGGAGGGUGUGGAAGUUCAGCAGCAGAGUGGGAAAGAUGCUGUCAACAAAUAUCUUCCAGAACAAGCCAUUUAUACCGUUCGUGGUAGCUGGGACGUUGUAUCGAGGUUACAGGACCCGGACGUGACAUCUCUGAUUGAGCCUCAAACAUACAUGUUCAAGGAAAUGAGAGAUAUAUUGGGAAUCAACAAAACAACAGACAUCCUGGAAUACAUCGAAACUCUUCCAAAAUCCGAGCAGUCAGGUGCCCUCGAAUCUAUCCGCAACAUUGAACGAAAAGCCAUGAGGACACAAACUCCUCAGCCAGGCCUCAUGACACUUAUGGCCUACCUCGACAACAACGCAAUUCCCAAAGCAAUCUGCACUCGCAACUUUGACGUUCCUGUCCAAAAUCUCAUGGAGAAGUUUUUGGAGGGCUCCCGUUUCCAUCCAAUUGUCACACGAGAUUUCCACCCUCCCAAACCCGAUCCUGCUGGCAUUUUGCAUAUUGCCAAGGACUGGGGCUUGACGGAUGAGGCUGGCGAGGGAGAUGCCAGUGGACUUAUCAUGGUGGGCGACUCUAUCGACGAUAUGACAGCGGGUAGAAAGGCUGGCGCGGCUACCGUUCUGCUCGUAAAUGACGUGAACCGGCCGUUGGCGGAGCAUGCGCACACCGACCUGGUCAUCAGUACGCUGGAUGAGCUUGUUGCCGUUCUCGACGACGGUUUCGUGGGUAGAGAAGUCGGCCCAGAGUGA